AUGGCAGAUCACGAUACUAAACUACUGUUCACAGCUACGCAGCUGUUGAACGAUGUGCUGGUUUCUUCGUUUCUGUACAAGAAAUCGUACGCUUCGUCCGGAAAAAUCACUGUUCAGCAACCCAUCACGACUUCCAAGCCCAAUGGUCAGAACGACACGAGCGUGGCCGUUACCCAGCAGAAGUUCAGCAAAAGUGGGUACCACGAAUUAUGGUGUGUGCUGAGAAGAGGUCAGUUCAGUUACUACAAGGACAAAAGCGAACGCAAGGCCAUUGAUGUAAUCCCAGCGGAAGAGAUCCUGGGAUUUCGAGCCAACGAAAACGAACUGCGAAUCGAUCUAUACACGAUUCGCAAGACCUAUUUUUUGAGGGCAGACUCACCAAAAGUGUUUGAGGAUUGGCAUAAGGCGUUGCAGGAGUUUUUCGUCGACAAGCAGCGUGGAACGUCGCGAGUAGAGGCCCUCAUGAAGAAGACUUUCAGUGACGCAAGUGGUACAAGCUGGCAUGGGGGCCAUGAAACCAAGGGCGUGGACGACGUAUCCGACGAAUACGACGACGAGAACAACGAUUCCAAUGAUGACAACGACGAAAACGAUGCAAACGAAGAAAAUGACGAGAACGACGAAAACGACGAGAACGAUGAUGAUUUUGAGAUAGCUUCGGAAACCCGGCCCGGGCACCUCUAUGUGCGUCGGUCGCCCUCAAAGAUCGUGCCGGUUCCCGACGAGGAUCGCGAGUUUUACGCUCUUUUCAGCCCUACACAAAAACCGCCGCGUUUCAUCCAAACAGGCACUUUAUACUGUAGAGUGAAGAAACGGCUGGGACGCAAGCCUUGGAAAAAGGUCUCGGCCACGCUCGACAGUGCAUGUUUGUGCAUUAACUCAAUUUCGUCAGGAAAACUAUAUCGCCGUAUCCAGCUUGACAAGGUCGUGGACUCGAUCGAGGACGACAAAAACCGUCGCUGCUUUACAGGGUUUGCAAUUAUAACCUACGAUGAGCGUCUGAGAUUUCGCGCUCUUACCGAACAAGAAUCUGUUGACUGGAUUAUGAAUUUGAAAAGUUGUGUUCUAGCCAGGAGGAAGCUGGAACAAUUGCAAUCAGUGAGCUCUUAA